UCAUUCCGCAAACCCAAACUCUCGGUCCCAUCUUUGGUUGUGCUUCUUCUCUUCUUCCUUCCUUUGACCCUCUUUUUGCGCAGCGACUAGAGAUUUUCUUAAUUUUUUAAUUCCAUCCUGCUACCGCACCAAAUUCAACAUGGCCACCGUAGCUCUCGAGAAGGAGGACAAGGCGCGAGAUGCCGCCUUCAACAAGGCUCUGCACGGCAACUCGGCCAAGGCCAAGGGAGGCAUUGCCGCCAUGUUUUCCAAGGGCACUGACGCCAAGAAGGCCGCUGUCGACGAGUACUUUAAGCACUGGGACAACAAGCCUGCCGAGAACGAGACGGCCGAGGAGCGUGCCAAACGAACCGCCGAGUAUGCCACUCUGACAAGGCACUACUACAACCUGGCGACGGAUCUGUACGAGUACGGAUGGGGCCAGUCCUUCCACUUCUGCCGAUUCUCCCACGGCGAGCCCUUUUACCAGGCAAUUGCCCGUCACGAGCACUACCUGGCUCACACCAUUGGCAUCAAGGAGGGCAUGAAGGUCCUCGAUGUCGGCUGCGGUGUCGGUGGCCCUGCCCGUGAGAUUGCAAAGUUCACCGGCUGCCACGUCACUGGUCUCAACAACAACGACUACCAGAUCGACCGAGCAACCCACUAUGCCGAGAAGGAGGGCCUUUCCAAGCAACUGGCCUUUGUCAAGGGCGACUUUAUGCAAAUGUCGUUCCCUGAAAACACCUUCGAUGCUGUUUACGCCAUUGAGGCUACCGUCCACGCCCCCAGCCUCGAGGGCAUCUACAGCCAGAUCUUCCGUGUGCUGAAGCCUGGCGGUGUCUUUGGUGUCUACGAGUGGCUUAUGACUGAUGAAUACGACAACAACAACCUGCACCACCGCGAGAUCCGUCUCGGAAUCGAGCAGGGUGACGGUAUCUCCAACAUGUGCAAGGUGUCCGAGGCUCUGGACGCCAUGCGCGCUGCGGGCUUCGAGCUCCUCAGCCACGAGGAUCUGGCUGAUCGCCCCGACCCCCUCCCCUGGUACUGGCCUCUGUCUGGUGAAUUGAGAUAUAUUCAGUCCGUCGGAGACAUCUUUACCAUUGUCCGCAUGACCACCUGGGGCCGCACCAUUGCCCACAACUUGGCCGGUCUGCUGGAGAAGAUUGGCCUUGCCCCUGCCGGCACCAAGAAGACGGCCGACAGCUUGGCUCUUGCCGCCGACUGCCUGGUUGCCGGUGGCCGCGAGCACCUCUUCACCCCCAUGUACCUGAUGGUUGGCCGCAAGCCUGCCAACUAAACGUGGGGAGAGAGUGGUGAGGAAAGAGUUCGUGAGUAUGCUGGAAGGGGACCAGCAAUUGAUACCAUCUUGGAUUUUGAUACCUUGAUUGAUGUGGAGUAACGAGCGACCCCAGAGGGAGGAUAUAUAAAAAAUCGCGGCGUCGAGCAUGAUUACUUAAACGGGAUGACAAUGCAUUGCUGAUGAAACAAUCGGCACCUUUAUGUACGCAUAUGUAAUGGCUACAGCAAAAAGAUGUACAAUGCUGCAUCUUUUCAUAGUUUUUGUCUUUUUUUAUUGCAUGAAAAUGAAUAUUUCACC